UCUGUGUGUUGAGCUAUGCCCCAGAGAGGAUGGGUCAGACCCUGUGUAUCUGUUCCCGUGGCUCCAUCACCAUCGACAACAAAAGAUACUACUUCAUCCAGAAACUAGAUGAAGGGUAAAACCGACCGCAUCAGUAAAACACUUAUCUAUUCUACAUGGCAGACGAUCAUCCCCGCCCCCCACACACAUGCAAUUGUAUUUCAGGGUUCUGUAACGUUACAUCUUACUGAUCAGGACCCUGGUUUUUGUCUACCUCUCCAUUUUCUCCUGCGCUCUCUCUCUCGUCAUUUACCGUCCCCCUUCCAUCCCUCCCCUCCUCCCAGAGGGUUCAGCUAUGUGGACCUGGUGGAGGGGGUGCAGGAUGGGCGUUUCUACGCCCUGAAGAGGAUCCUGUGCCAUGACAGGGAGGGUCACCGGGAGGCCCAGACGGAGGUGGAGAUGCACCGUCUCUUCAGCCACCCCAACAUCCUGGGCCUGGCCGGGCACACCUUCAUAGAGCGGGGGGGCAAGAGUGAGGCCUGGAUACUGCUGCCCUACGUCCAGGUGUGUGCGUGUGUGUGUCUAUGUACUCACGCCUGUGUGUGUGUAUUAGAGCCCGACCGUUGCUUAUUUUUGGGUCCGAUACCGUUUUUUUUGUGGGGACAAAAGUUACUGAUACAUCUGCCGAUAUACUGUUUUACAGCGUGGAAAUGAAAAAGUGUGUAUGCCUGUAUGUAUGCAUCUAUGUAUUCAUGCCUGUGUGUGUGUGUGGGCUCCUACAGAAGGGCAGUCUGUGGUCAGUGCUAGAGAAACUGAGGGACAAGGGCAGCUUCAUGCCAGAGAGACGCAUCCUAAAGGUUCUACAGGGCAUCUGUUCUGGACUGAAGGCCAUGCAUGACAGAGGCUACGCACACAGGUACAGGCUACUACUGCUAUUACACACACAUGAUUGUGGUUAAAAUUAGAAUGAGGCUCUCCAUCUCUAUCCCUCUCUUUACCUCUCUCUCUCUUCCUCUUUAUUUCUCUCCUCUAUCGCUCUCUAUCUCUCCCUCUCUCUCCACUAUCCUCUCUCUCCACUCUCCUCUCCUCUCUCUCAGAGACCUGAAGCCUACCAAUGUACUCCUGGAGGAGGAUGACAGGCCUCUGCUGAUGGACCUGGGUUCUAUGAACUGCUCCAGGAUGGAGGUCAAGGGGACCAGGGAGGCCAUGACAGUACAGGACUGGGCAGCUCAGAGGUGUACUAUAUCGUACCGUGCCCCAGAGCUCUUUAACGUGGAGAGCCACUGCGUCAUCGAUGACCGCACAGACAUCUGGGUAACGCACACUACAGUACUACCCCCUUCUCACUUUAGUUUUGGUCUGUGGAAACUGUCAGUAUUGUACAAGAGAUAUAACAUGGACCAAUUUGUCAUAACAGAGAUUGUCUUUACCAUUGGAUGGUGCGAUGCUGUUUUGACUCUAGCCAUGAAGUCAACAUGUUGCGUACCAGUUAGAUUGGUAUCUCUCUGUCUCCAUCAUGCCUGGUGUUUGUUGACCGUGUAGAGACAGUAUUCGCUCUCUCUCUCCAGUCUCUGGGUUGUGUACUGUACAGCAUGAUGUUCCUGGAAGGGCCCUAUGACAUGGUGUUCCAGAAGGGAGACAGUGUGGCCCUCGCUGUCCAGAACCCUGUUACCAUCCCUCAGCCCUGCAGGUCAGUCCCCCCCGGCUAGCUAACCCUAACCCUGUUACCAUCCCUCAGCCCUGCAGGUCAGUCCCCCCGGCUAGCUAACCCUAACCCUGUUACCAUCCCUCAGCCCUGCAGGUCAGUCCCCCCGGCUAGCUAACCCUAACCCAGUUACUAUCCCUCAACCCUGCAGGUCAGUCCCCCCGGCUAGCUAACCUAACCCAGUUACUAUCCCUCAACCCUAGCGUCAUGUUCACCUCCCGGCUCUAACCCUAACCCAGUUCACAUCCCUCAACCUUACCCUCAGUCCGCUCAACCACCAACCCUUAACCCUAGUCUCAACACACAACCUUAACCCUAGUCUCAACCACACAACCUUAACCCUAGUCUCAACCACAGCCUUAACCCUAGUCUCAACCACAACCUUAACCCUAGUCUCAACCACAACCUUAACCCUAGUCUCAACCACAACCUUAACCCUAGUCUCAACCACAACCUUAACCCUAGUCUCAACCACAACCUACCCCUAGCCUCAACCACAACCUUAACCCUAGCCUCAACCACAACCUACCCCUAGCCUCAACCACAACCUAACCCUAGGCUCAACUACAACCUUAACCCUAGUCUCAACCACAACCUAACCCUCAACCACAACCUUAACCCUAGCCUCAACCACAACCCUAACCCUAGGCUCAACCACAACCCUAACCCUAGGCUCAACCACAACCCUAACCCUAGGCUCAACCACAACCCUAACCCUAGGCUCAACCACAACCCUAACCCUAGGCUCAACCACAACCCUAACCCUAGGCUCAACCACAACCCUAACCCUAGGCUCAACCACAACCCUAACCCUAGGCUCAACCACAACCCUAACCCUAGGCUCAACCACAACCCUAACCCUAGGCUCAACCUUAACCCUAACCCUAAUCCACAACCUUAACCCUAGCCUCAACCACAACCUAAACCCUAACCACAAUCUUAACCCUAGCCUCAACCCUAACCCCAAGUCACCAUCCCUCAGCCCUACAGGUCAGCCAGUCCCCUGGCUAGUCAUCCCCUAGUUACUCUUCAAUCCAUCACCCUCUCAGCUUUCAAGGCUAGCAGACUAGAAUGUAUUGAUUCCAAAUCGGCACCUACCACCUAGGCACUCCUGCAGAUCUAAAAGGAUUGGAUAGGUUUAAGCAUUUUUUCAUCUUGGCCUUUUUUAGGUUGUAUGGAAUUUAUACAAUUUAUAGUAUGUGUUUUUUCUCCAGUUACUCUGGUAGUUUCUCAGUAUAUAUUUGUUCUCCAGUUACUCUGAUAGUUUCUCAGUAUAUAUUUGUUCUCUAGUUACUCUGGUAGUUUCUCAGUAUAUAUUGUUCCGGUUCUCAGUUUCUCAGUUACCUCUGGUAGUUUCUCAGUAUAUAUUUGUUCUCUAGUUACUCUGGUAGUUUCUCAGUAUAUAUUUGUUCUCCAGUUACUCUGGUAGUUUCUCAGUAUAUAUUUGUUCUCUAGUUACUCUGGUAGUUUCUCAGUAUAUAUUUGUUCUCUAGUUACUCUGGUAGUUUCUCAGUAUAUAUUGUUCUCUAGUUACUCUGGUAGUUUCUCAGUAUAUAUUUGUUCUCUAGUUACUCUGGUAGUUUCUCAGUAUAUAUUUGUUCUCCAGUUACUCUGGUAGUUUCUCAGUAUAUAUUUUUCUCUAGUUACUCUGGUAGUUUCUCAGUGUCUUAUGGGUGUUUUGUUGUUCCCCUCCAGUUACUCUGAAGGCCUGCAGAACCUGCUGAGCUCCAUCAUGGUGUCCAACCCCCAGGAAAGACCCGACGUCAACUGGAUCCUGGACCAGAUACAGGACAUGACGUGUUCCAGCCCCAACACCCAGACCAACAUGGUAUGAUGCUCCUGAUCGGGGAACCCUGGCAAGCCUGGUUCCUCUCUAGUUCCUCCAUCUGUGGGUGAUGAACUUUAUGACCUCUGGACUGUUGUGAUGGCGACCCUGACUUUGUCGUUUUCUUCUACUCUUAGAAGCUCAGGGGAUCCUACCCCAAACACACACACACACGCACGCUAUUCUGCAGUUGAAACCACAUAGACGCAUGUCACAAGUCCUCACUGUCCUCCAUAUGCAUGUGCAACAAUAUGCUCCUACACAGUGUUGGUCAACUCCACAUCCAGCACCCCUUGUGGAAAUUGAGAAUUUGCGUGGAGCCAUUUUAUGACUGCUAGUGAAUAGGAAACCCCAUGGGUUAAAAUAUCAUCAGACACUACAGUUGAAGGGGGCACCGGACCAGGAAAAGGACCUAUGGUAAAUUCCAGACAGAUGGUUGCCAUGGAAACUUACUCAGCCAUAUCUGAUAUCAACUUCAAAGGGAUUUUAUAAUAACUUAAUUCCAGACCUGGGUUCAAAUACUUUUUCUGUAUAUUUGAGUAUUUUCAAAUCCGCAGGCCAAAUUUUAUUUAUUUAUUUGAGUAUUUGAAUGGUUAUUUGUAAAAACCAAAUAGUCGACCAAAUUGUAUUUGAAAGUAUUUUCAAAUACCUGGGUUAAAUGCAUGGAAGUGUAUUUGAGUCAGUGUGUAUGAGUAUUUUCAAAUACUUUCAAAGUGUAUUUUCAAAUACAUUCCAAUAUUCAACUACUUGUUUUUUCAAAUAAAGGUUAUCUGAGUACUUGUUUUGAAAUGUAUUGAAAAGCAAUUGAAAUACCUGAAAUAGUAUUUUGAACCCACGUCUGCUUGAUUCAUCCUUAUCACAUCCGAAUGUCUUUCAAGUCCAUCAUAACUGUAUUUAUUUUUUAUCAUCACAUAAUGCUAUACUGUAACAAUUUUCCAUUUAUGACACUCAUUUAGGCCUGUAUGUAUUUUGCAUUACCUCACAUGAUUCUGUUUUGAGUGUCAAUAGGAAGAUCAGUUAAUCUUGUUUUUAGUCUCUCAGCAGGUUUUUCUCAGUUAACUCUUACUACAGUUGCUUGAUAGGAACCUUUUAAUGGUUGCUUUUUAAAAUUAUUAUUUUUGUAUGUGCAUCUAUUUAAGGAUACAUUGUUUAUUUGUCUAUGUAUAUGCUAUAUGAAUAUUUUGUAAAUAGGCUAAUGAAGUUGGAAUGCAGGCAUUAUUGAUGAUUUAAAUGGAACAAUCCUGGAAUUUGAGAUAUUGUGAUAAAAUAAUAGGGUAUUGGAUAAUACUUUAAAUACAAAUUUAGCAACACUGAAGGCUUUGCUUGUUUCUCAUAAGAUCGAUGUUUAAAUGCUUUAAAGUUUUUAUUUUUUUAACAUUUGUGGUACAACUUAAUUUGUUAUGUAUAAGAGGGCCCUUUUCCCAACAUUUUAGAAUGAUCAGAGGCCUGACUGUCUUGAGGUUGUCAUGUGGCUUUUAUUCCACACGGGGGAGACCAUGUCCUACAAGUUGGUCAAAGCAGACUGAGUCUGCCGGUGUCUCAAACGUUGUCUGUCUUCGCUUAGCCAGACCUGUAGAUCUGAGAAAGGCUCACUCAAUAUGUGAACAUAUGCAAAACCUCUCUGAAACCAGGAAAUAAAAUGAUAAUGAUUCUGAUUGGUCCUUUCUCUUUUUACUCCAACACAUCCACGCUCCAUGGUAACAUUACAUUAGCCAAUACCUACCCUUGCAGUUGAAAAAAAGGGCAGGGCCAGUGUUUUGAUUGGAUGUUUAAAUGUUACUUACACUGGGAUUAUUAUCUGUGAAGAAACAAGGAUCAGCCUGAUACCAGAGAGAACCAGAAGGUGCAGCUGGAAGCUCAGGCCAGUGCAGGCCAGAUAACCCUCAGCUGGUAGCUGUUUACACAUCCCUUUACAUUGCUUUAAGUGUGUGUGCACAGCCACAGUCUUGGAUGGGCUGUGUGUGUGGACGGCAAGGUAUGAAACAAUUAUCAGGAACUGUUUAGGCGCCUAGAUUUACAGCCCUGUGGGUCACUAGGGUCAAAGUGACGUCGUACCUCACUCCUCGUCCUAAUCAAUCUCAGACAGUCAUAAACCUCACACACACAAAACCCACGGCAGAAACGACUGACACAAGAAAACACACACACUAACACUAGAGGAAUUCAUUACACUUUAAUUAAUGUUUUCCCCAACCAAGUGCACCUUCAUACAGGAGGUCGGCCCACCCAUUGUCCAGACUCCCCUGGGACCGUAUUCAUUACACACAGACUGUGUUUACGGGUUGAGGAGAGGGAGGGACUCCCAUUGGCCCAGCAGGUUGAGCAGGAGAGGGAGGGACCCCCAUUGGCCCAGCAGGUUGAGGAAGAGAGGAGAGGGACCCCCAUUGGUCCAGCACCUUUAUAUUUACCAUCAUCUGCCUGAUGAUGUCAUGCAAUACAAGCACAAGGUCAACACAAUGCUGCUUCCAUUUCAACACCCAACUUCCUGUUCUUUUCCUUUGUGAGUCCAUGAAGGCCAUGGACGGGGGUGUGUGUCGUUGUGUGUUGCUUUGUUUGAUUGUGUGUGUGUCUGUGUGCAGGUGUAAGUCUUGUCUAGAUGUGUUUUUAUCUUUGAUUGUGUUUCAUUGUGAAGGUCUAUUACCAAUACCGUAAUUAGUCCCCACCCCCCCAGUACUCAGAGCGGCGCUCACACCAUAAACCAUUUGGAUGCUUUAUUGAUUUGGUGAUGAAUCAAUUAGUGAAUUAUUUAAUGAGCUGGGAAUUAUGGGUCAGUGCUGAACUGCUCCCACCCUGCACUGUUCCCAGGUCUCUCUAAAUCAUCAUCACUUCAUCACUACCUGCCUAGGCUAGUUGAGUGUGUGUCAGAUAAACAGUCUCCCAAACCUCUACACCAGUACAUUGGGUGUGUAGGCAAUAUGGCCAGGAUAUCCAAUCUUAUCUUUAAAGUUCUGAUGUGUAUGCAGCAGACUCUUUCUCCAGCCAAAGCAGUAACACACCUGAUAUAACUAAUCAACGAAUCAUAGUCUUCAAUCUAGACUUUAUUAGUUUAAUCAGUUGUGGGGUUUGGGGGGGCUUUAAUCAGCUUUAAUAUUGCAAAUAGAUUGUGGCUUAUAUCAAUAUAAUUGUCUGCAUCAUUUCCAAUCCUCAAUAUAUAUUUUUUAUAAAUAUAUUUAUUAUUUUAAAUAUAUACAGUAAAUUCUAAAAACCAGUUUUUGCUUUGUCAUUAUGGGGUAUUGUGUGUAGAUUGCUGAGGAUUUUGUAUUUAUUUAAUCAAUUUUAGAAUAAGGCUGUAACGUUACAAAAUGUGGAAAAAGUCAAGGGGUCUGAAUACUUUUCGAAUGCACUGUAUAUCAUUUAAAAUAUAUGUUCAUUUAUUAUUUUCCCCUAACCCUACCACCCUUCCCCUAAUUGGAGUAAACUAAUGGACAACAACACUUAGACAUUUUACGGACACAAUACAUUUUACAAUAGUUAUCUCUUGUUUGUUUUUAGUUCCAUCAGUCCCAUCAGGUGUGUUUCUUCUUUGUCUGGAGCAAAAGCCUGAUCCCAUAACGGCCCUAUGAAAGAUUGGACCAAAUUGUUUCUGGACACUGGACAGGGUCCUACUCUCAAAGACGUUUAAAUUGGCUCUGUUGCCCUGAGAGAGGAGAGUAGGAAACAAACACAUAUGGACAUUAUGUCCAGCCCAUUGAGUGUCUGAGUUAUGAGUUCCACUUAUGGCAGCCAGGGGAGCUUUUUUAAGAGCCGGCUUUUUGCAUGCUCAUUAAUUCCGGGAAGUGUUUGGGUUAAAAUGCAUAAUGAGUUCAUUAAGGGGGAUUGGCGUAAUCAGGAAAGGUAUCGGCUUAAUUACUGGCGCCGCGCCAAGGCCAACGCUCUCCCUCUCUUCUCUUUCCUGGUCGGGUCCCUGAAACCUGUCCUGGCCGGUAGCAGUAGCGCUAGCACUCUCUAAUCUAAUUAAGUGUACAAAAUGCUACGCGCUAACGUCACCCCUGGGAGCAAUUAGCAGGAGAGAGAUUGAGAGAUCCCUGCUGGGCAUUUUACUCCCUGGCAUGAGAUUCCCUAUGUCAGUUAGCUGAUUGCAUUGAUUAUAUUUAUUUGUAACAGCUUUUCAGGUCAUUUCAUCUGCAACGGUGAGAGCAACACGUUGGCCCGGAGACAUUUAUUUUUAUUCAUUCAUUCUUUAUUUAGGCCCCAGGGUUGUUCUGCCAAGUGAUCAGAUGAGAGUGUACCUCAACAAAACCUAUUUUUUGGGGUAGUUAGGUGAGGAGGGGGGGAUUAUUUUUUAUUGGCCACCGGGUCAGAACAGGUGGGGUGUUAUUGAUGCUUUUAAAAGCAUCACAACUCUUUCACCAGCUGGAUGGGAAUGUGCUGAUGGAUGCAGGAAAGUGGCAUAAACGGGCAAACGGGACAAGAGCAAAGACACACACACAUAGCAUAGUUAUGCAUGCACUCACACCAGUGGAGGCUGCUGAGGGGAGGACGGCUCAUAAUAAUGGCUGGAAUGGAGUCAAUGGAAUGGUAUCAAACACCUGGAAACCACGUGUUUGAUGUGGUUGAUACCAUUCCAUUGACUCCAUUCCAGCCAUUAUUAUGAGCCGUCCUCCCCUCAGCAGCCUCCACUGACUCACACACAAACACACACACACACACAUAUAGCCAUGUCGCUCACACACUAACACCAACACCGGUCCUUCAUGUAUAACUAUUUUGCUCUUUAAAAAUAAAAAUGUAACAUACAGCUCAUGAGAGCAGCUCAUGUUUUAGCCUAAUAAUAGACCAGAGUACCAUGUUUGGUUGAUUCUCUGAAACAGAUGUGUUAGAGCUGGGCUGGAACAAAAGCCUACACACCCGACCAGUUGUGGAGAGCGCAGGUUUAAUUGGUGGAUCAGGAGUUAAUUUAAGUAGAUUAGACAACGAAGAUGACAAGAUACUCUAGCGGUGCGCCGGUCGUUAGGGGUGACGGGGCGAGAGCCAAUUAGCUGAUUAAACCGCCCAGCACAGCCAACGAGCAGCCGGCGGAGGGGAGGGGCCUGGUGAUUGAUGGGAGGGGGAGUGUUUGUGUAGCUUGUCAGAGAGUUGUCGCUGAAUGAGUGAAAUGUCUUCAUCAAUUUGGAGCCAUUACCAUGUCAAAAGGAGAGGAUGGUGCUUAAAGGAGGGGAGGAGAGGAGAGGAGUAGAGGAGGGGAGGGGAGGAGAGGAGAGGAGGAAAGGAGGGGAGGGAGGGGAGGAGAGGAGGAGAGGAGGGGAGGGAGGGGAGGAGAGGAGC